GGAAUGGUUAAUAGUGGGACAGGCAGCAGGUGGAGGGACUUGCAGACCGAUGAGCAGCAGCAGAGGAGCCACUGACAGUUCGGGCUGAGCCGAGGAGAAAUAAGCAACGACUGCUGUUACUAAUUUGCCCCUGCAGCACCCAGCGCUGUUCUAAUUGCAGGGACACAGGCAGCUUUUUAAAGGCAUGGUUUCUCCGUCUGCCUCUGCCGCUGAACGGGACGCCGGUGAAUAACACUUGCAGGCUGCAAUUGCUGCGUAAAUGACUUGAGAAACUCUCGUCGAAGUCAGCGGACAGAGAAAGCGGUUUUAUGGGAAAUGAAUGUGACCGGGAAACAGCAACCUGAGCUGAUCGAGCGACCCGCCAGCCUUUUGGUUCCAACUUCGACAAAAUCUGGAAUUGCUUUGCUGUACAAUGAGGAGACCAACAAUACCUAUGAUGUGUGCCUGAAAUUGACCAAAGAGGUAUUAACCAUACAGAAGCUGGAUGUGGUUUGCACAAGUGGAAGCGAAUCCCAAGUAAAUCACAGAACUGUUGUACUGCGAAGACAGGCGGCUGGCGGUCUGGGCUUAAGCAUCAAAGGAGGUGCAGAGCACAACGUGCCUGUGGUUAUUUCAAAGAUUUUCAAAGAUCAAGUAGCCGAUCAGACGGGGAAGCUAUUCGUCGGGGACGCUGUGUUGCAGGUCAAUGGCAUAAAUGUAGAGCCUUGUACUCACGAGGAAGUUGUUCACCUCUUGCGCACUGCAGGAGAUGAGGUCACCAUCACUGUUCGGUACCUGCGAGAAGUUCCAUCAUUUCUAAAACUGCCUCUAGGUUCUCCUGGGCCAUCCACUGAUCACAGCCGAGUAUCUUCUCCACUCUUUGACAGUGGCUUACAUUUAAAUGGAAACGGAAACAACACAGCUCCAUCACCCCCUUCGCCCUCAGCUAACGAACCAAAGUAUGAGAAGCGCUGGCUGGAUGCCGUCUCCCUGCCCUUGUUGAUGGCCAGAGUCUCCAGAUACAAAGCUGGCACAGAUAAAUUAAGGUCCAACUGUUUUGAAGUCUACGCCUUGAAUGGAGCCAGCACCAAUAUUCUUCAAUUUUGCACUGCAGCAGAAAGCACAGACUGGCUCCAAGCAAUAUCUACAAAUAUCAAUGACUUGACACAGGCGAAUAUAAAGAUCGUCAACAAAUACUGCUCUUCAGAUGAUCAGAUUGUUCACAUGGGCUGGGCAUGUGAAAGCCCAGAGGGCAGCGCUGCUUGUAGAACUUCAGCAUUCAAGUUCCUGGCACUGAGAGGACCAUAUUUUCAUAUCUUCAGAAGUCCCCCGAUCAGUGCUGCUGACUGGGGACAAGCUGAAACAACAUAUAACCUCUAUGAGGUUCUUUUCAAGGUCCACAAGCUGUGGAUGGCAGAGGACUGCUGGCUCCAGGCGAGGCUCUACUUGGGACUCGAGCAUUCGCCUGAGCAGCAGGACAAUGAGUCUCUGAGCUUCAGUAUUCUGGUCGGCCACGGCCAGAGCCACACCUUCAGGGUAGAGCUGGCCACUGACCUGGCUAUCUGGGAGAAGUCCUUUCAAAGAGCUGUCUUCUUGGAAGUGCAGCGAAUACGAUCCAAAAGCUACAUGUGCAGCAGCCAGGGGAAUGUACUGUGCUUCACCAUAGAUUUUGGGUCAGGCUUCACCUGCUCAGAAGGCACUUCAAAGACCGUACUGUGGCGAUAUAAGUUCUCUCAACUUAAAGGCUCCUCUGAUGAUGGGAAAACCAGGGUAAAACUCCUCUUCAAGAAUGCUGAAAGCAAGCAAAUAGAAAUGAAGGAACUAGAGUUUGCUAACCUAACAGCCGUCCUCCACUGUAUACAUUCUUUUAUCGCUGCCAAAGUGGCCUCCAUGGACCCUCUCUUUAUGUGCAGUCAAAGCUUCCCUGGAAAUUACAUGAACAGUUAAGAAGACUUGUCCUCAUCGUCAUGUGCACCUGUGGCAAAUCAGCAGUAUUUUAUGCACAGAGCCAAUUGAUAUGUAUAUCUUGUUCUUGCUAUUUUUGUAUGAACUACUGAAAAAGAAACAUUUGUAAAAUACUGUAGAGGUAGAAAAUGUAUGAAUUAAUGGUGGGAGAAAGAUGUUAUUUAAUUUUUGACAAGUAGAAAAAACACAUUCUAAAUGGAUUCACACUUCUUACAUUUCUUUUUUUUUCUUUCUCAUUACAUAAUGGACACUGAUUCUGAUCGGAACUUACUUGUCUACCGUCACUAGCACCUGCGCUACUAUAUGGUGUGUAACUGCCAUACAUUUGACAACAUGACACAAAUCGCCAAAUAUAGCAACUGCCACUGAUUAGCCCAGAAUCUGAGCUGAUACAGUCUCUAUGAACAAUUAUGAUGCUGUACCUACAUCUAGUGAGUAAGUUAAUUUUUUACUGACAAAAUUUAUGAUGCUGGCUUACUGCCACAGACCUUUGAGACUGAUUUUCUUUCAUUCGAAUUCACAGUUAAACAGUAAUGAAAAGGUAACCUUUCUCUUUUUCCAGUUCUUCUGGUUUACUUUUUUCAUGCCUGUGAAGUGGGAGGGGGAUAACACAAACACCUUUUAGCGUAAUGCAGUCUAAUAAGCCUCCAAAUAGCCAUUGAAUUGAAUUAACACCUCUCUGAUAUGGUCCCAACUAAAAUUAAACAUAAGCAGCUUCACAAAGGCAGCAUUUACUGCAGGGUUACUUUAGGCUUAGAUUAAUUUGUAUGAUGUUUGUGCAAUUGUAUCCAUCUUUUGUAUCUAAUAAAGGCAAAAGGCCUGAGUUUCAAAUCUCUCUGGCCAAUGACGACAUUUCACUGAAAUGUGACAUUUCAGCUUCAAACUAUUGUUAAAGACCCACUUUUAUCAACUUCCAUUCUAAUACAGUGAAAAAUACUGUAUGUCUUCAGUUGCUUUAUGUAAUGGUUUUAGUGUGAAAAUGCGUAUUUGCUGUGUUUUCAAUAAAUUGCUCAUAAAGCACAUGCAUCAUG